UAAUUACAAGUUAAGUAGUUAGAUAGGCGGUGUACAGCAUCCUUAUGGUUAAAAACCGUUUUUAUCCUUUUGUCCAGAUCGUCCCCCGUAGCCACGGCCCACCCCACGGGUCGACAGUCUGAAGCAUGGGGUAGACCUCUACUUGGCGCGAUCCUCGAUUUGAGCGUACAGGAUAUAGCAAGGCAGAACAUCGUUAUUCAAGAAUCAUGUCUUUAAACCAGAGAACACCGAGCAUGCUGGACGCCAACCCCACCUACACAAUCCGCGAAGAACCCAUCGGAACCCGCCGCGCCAUCCGCAUAGCAUGCAUGGGUGCCGGAUACUCAGGGCUCAUGAUGGCAAUCGUCUUCAACGAGAAGCUAAAGGGCCGCAGCGCGGAGUUUAUUAUCUACGAGCGCAAUGAAGAUCUGGGGGGCACGUGGUUGGAGAAUCGCUACCCCGGCUGCAAAUGCGACAUCCCCGCCCACAACUACGCGUAUAGUUUCGCGCCGAACCCCGCAUGGCCGAAUUACUAUGCAACGUCGGAACAGAUCCAUGCGUAUAUGCACGAUGUUGCGGACAAGUACGAGUGCAAGCAGUAUAUUCGGUUCCGGCAUACCAUUCGAUCGGCUGUUUGGGAGGAGGACAAGGGCAAGUGGGUGCUUGAGGUUGAGAAUGGUGAAGGGAGGUUAAGGGAUGAAGUGGAUGUUUUUGUCAAUGCGGGGGGUGUUUUGAACAACUGGAAAUGGCCCAACAUCCCCGGCGUCAACACUUUCCAGGGCAAACUCAUCCACUCCGCCCGCUGGGACCAAGAGAACGACUUUACCGGCAAAAAAGUAGCCGUAAUCGGAAUUGGAUCAUCAGGUAUCCAGAUCGUCCCCGAACUCGCCAAAGUAGCCGGUUCGCUCGAUAUCUACGCGCGAUCAAGCACCUGGAUCUCGCCCGCGCCGGGGAUCAACGAACCGACCGAAAACGAUCCCGAGAUGGACGACGAGUACAACUUUACGGAGAAGACGCUGGAGAUAUUCAGAGACCCGCAUGUCCUAAGAGAAUAUCGUGCCGCGAUCAUGGAUCGGCGCAGCUCGAAUUUCAAGCGGGCUAUUGCGGAUAGUGAGCUGCAGCAACGCGCGCAAGACCUGUUUCGGAAGACCAUGACCGAGCGGCUGGGAGAUAGUGACAAGGGCCGCGAGAUUGCCCAGCGGCUUAUCCCGGACUUUCCUGUUGGAUGCAGGCGCCUCACACCGGGGCCGGGGUUCCUUGAGGCGCUGACGCAGGACCAUGUCACUAUCCACUGGGAUGCGAUCGCGCGUGUGAACGAGAAGGGCAUCAUCACCAAAUCCGGCGACAACAUGCCCUUGAAUCUCAAGGAAUACGACGUGAUCGUCUGUGCAACAGGCUUCGACACCUCCUUCCGCCCCUCCUUCCCAGUCAUAGGCCGCAACGGAACGAACCUGGCUGAGAAAUGGUCCGAACCACACGUCCCCAAAGCCUACUUCAGCUUUUCCGUCCCCAGCAUGCCCAACUACUUCACCUUUAUCGGCCCCAACGCGGUGAUCAGCAACGGAUCGCUCGUGCUCGGCAUUCAGGCGACGGCCGUAUACAUCUACCGCUGGUUGCACAAAAUGCAGACAGAGAACCUGCACUCGUUCGAAAUCCGGCAGGACGUCACGGACGAAUACAACGAGCACAUGCAGACCUAUUUAUCUCGGACGGUGUGGACGCGGAAUUGCCGGAGCUGGUAUAAGCGCAGCACGAUCGAUGGACCCGUUGUGGCGAUUUAUGGGGGGACGACGUUUCAUUUUAUCGAGGCGGUUAAGGAGCCGCGGUGGGAGGAUUUUAGGAUCAAGUAUGCGGACAAGGGGAAUCGGUUCAGGUAUUUGGGGAAUGGGUUCACCAAGAGUGAGGAGCGCGGAGGGAGUAUCGGACGCACACAGACGCUGGACUUUGACGAGUUUUGGGGCUUGUUUGUUUUGCCAGAGAUUCACGAGUAGUCUUUCUUCUUUCAGUUAGUCUCUGUUGGAUGCAAGUAGGCACGAAGCAGUUCUGGUCAUCUGUCUUGUGAAAAACGAUAUAUGCAGCUAGUAUCUCUAUAUACUAGAAGAUAUCUGCUAGAUCCAGCAAAACUUCAUGAAAGAGACUGUUCUAGUGGGCAAAAAGGGUACCAUGACA